CCAAAGGUGGCCUUCUAUGCUGCUUUGACUGAUUCAGGAGGGGUAGGACCCUUCAAUACUGACACCACACUGAUCUACAGUAAAGUCUUCACCAACACUGGCAGAGCCUACAACCCAACUACAGGUACUGACCACACUAAUCCAGCUACGGUCCAGUAUUACUAACAGUGUCUAUGAGAGAUGGACAGUGCUGAUCUCUCCCUGCUUCUCCUCUGAUACAGGUAUCUUCACAGCAACAGUGAGAGGAGUCUACUACUUCAGGUUCACAGCCUUUGAGGCGCGCAGAUUACAAACCUUUGGCGUUUACCUUUACCACAAUGACAAGAGACUGAUGUUUAAUUUUGACACCAAUGAUCAGUAUUGGGAGUACAUAUCUAAUGCUUUGACUCUAGAGCUGGAUGAGGGGGAUGUUGUCUAUAUGCGUCUCCCC